AUUUUUACUAAUAAUAAAUGAAUAAAGGUUGCGUGACAUAACGCGAUCCAUAAUAUCAUAUUUGCAUAAUCCAUUACAUUUGGUCCCAUACUUGGGUUUUGAAAAGUGUGCCAAAAAGACACUCAACAUUUUUGGCUGUCUCUUCGACUUUUUGUUCGUCACAAAAAGAAACGAUAAAUCUACAAAUUAGAAUUUAUUUCAUUCACUUGCUGCCUUGUGGGAGACUUUGUUUCACCUGCCCACCUCGACACUUCACAAAGAUUACAAAGGCGCGUCGAAUCUUUCAUUACUUCUUCGAGAAAAUCUAAGGUGGCAUUUCCUAUACUUAUCGACUCCACAAUUCACGUGACUGUUUUACAGCAGCAUCUCUUGUCGUUUGAAAUACUGCUUGAGGAGUAUGUGAAUGCAUACACAAACAUUUUGUCACCAAGUCUGGAUGGGAAAGACUUUUGUUGCCAUGGCAACGACUUUUUUAGAAAAAGUACAUACAGCUCUUCCUCAUUCCUAUGAAGGACCACMUCCAACAUCACAAGAAGGGCUGGAACAAGUGAAUCAAACCAGUCCUCCCCAGGCUUCUUCGUCUCUCCCUCCCUUGACGUCACACUCUCUUCCGAUAGCUAUCGAGGUGCAUGAUGGGAAUAGUACCACCACUGUCAAUACUGGUCAGCGGUCUUUUGUGAUAGACAAUGGCUACUCGAGCCAGCGACAAGUACUCCAAGAACCAAAGCCUGAAAAUCACAUGACACUUAGCUUCCUUAGCACAUUGUUCUGCGCAUGUCCGUGUGGACUGAURUCACUGUGUCACGCCAUACAGGUGAAUUCUGAUUACUACCAUGGUAACCGAGUGGGCGCGAUCUACAACUCCCAMCAGGCAUGGCGAUGGGGAUUCGCGUCAGUAGUGUUGGGAUCCCUGUGUCUUUUGAUCGUAAUUAUGUAUUAUCUUAUUCUCAUGGCUGUACACAUUUCCUAGUACUUAAAUUAUUUUUCUAUGGGCUACCUGUGGUACUCUGCAGUUUGGUUCGACGACCGUUAAAUACUUCAGUUUCAAAAUCUCUGUUGCUGAGGGACAGCCUUGAUUUUGUGAACAUUAUUCACGUGUUACAGCGAAGAUCCGUUAAAUUUUAAAGUGUAGUAUUUUUACCGCCAUUCGCAUUGCUACACGGCCACUCCAAUCAAAGACGUUGACGUCAGGGAAGCAUGGGUGGCGUAGCGGUGAGAGUGCUCGCCUCUCACCAAUGCGACCCGGGUUCGAGUCCCUACGAGCUCGGUGUCGUAUAUGAGUUGAGUUGUUUGUUGGUUCUCUCCUGUGCUUCAAGGGUUUUCCGGGUUCUCCGGUUUUCCUCCCUCCGCAAAAACCAACUUCUAAAUUCCAAUUCAAUCUUGGGCUUUCACCUAGCAUGGAUCUCUCCGUUCGUGAUUGUUCCACUCUGUGAUUACAGAGAAAACUGAUAGAUUUUAUAGAUUUUGUCAUUUACACGCGUUUGGAUCGGCCCAGAUAGGCCCGGUGAGUGUGGCUCAUAAUACUUGUAAACAAUCGACAAGUUUUGGCGCSUUUUGAAUCACACACGCGUGUAAUUGAUGUCAACGGGUUUGAUUGACGGCAGUCUAUUGCAAAGUGCACGUCGCGAUUUUUGUCUGGGGUGGCUGCRUAGCAAUGCAAAUGGMGGUAAGUUGAAAUGUGCAUUCUUUACUUUACCCUUCGUAUUUGUGAAUAUAUUUGGACACUAAAUUGAGGCUGACCCUAAGUGAGUGUCUAUCGCUUAUGAAGGCGGUAUUUUGCAAAUCCCAAAAAGGUCUUAAAGUUCAAGAGCUGGAAAGCAUUUUUAUCAAAGAAUGAAAUGAUACUCAAUUUUCAAGAAAGGUCUCAGAAUCUGAAAUGAGAAAGCAUUGGAAAAAAAGAAAUAAUACUCAAGGGAAUGACACAUGGUCUGAAAUGGGAAAACAUUGCACCAUAGCUGAAGAGCAUUCCUAGUUAAGAAAGAAACGAUACUCAAGGGAAUGACACGUGGUCUGAAAUGGAAAACAUUGCACCAUAGCUGAAAAGCAUUCCUAGUAAAGAAAGAAACGAUACUCAAGGGAAUGACACGUGGUCUGAAAUGGGUAAACAUUGCACCAUAGCUGAAAAGCAUUCCUAGUAAAGAAAGAAGUAAUACUCAAGAGACUGACAUACAUUAAACCAUGGCCAUCUAAGUCUUUUAUGAAUAAAAAAUUUGAUG